AUGGCGUGCUUCAACGCUGCCCAGUUCGUCGGCGCGCCGGUGAUCGGCAGGAUCUCGGACGCCCGCGGGCGCCGGCGGGUGCUCCUCGGCGUCUUCUUCUGGACGUCCCUGUGCUUCGCCGCAACGUGCUUCGUGCACUCCUUCGAGGAGCUCCUGGUGGUGCGCGCGCUGGCAGGCCUGUCGGGCGGGAGCAUUGUCGUCAGCACGGCCAUGAUCAUGGACGCGUCCACCUCCGCCGAGCGCCCCCAGCAGCUCGGCGUGCUGGGCGGCAUCCUCGGGGUCGCCUUUACGAUCGGGCCUGGCCUGGUCACUCUCGCGCUGUAUCUCCGUGAGGUGGACAGGAGAUGGGUUUUUGCCUCGGCGUCCGCUCUUGCGUUCGGUGGCGCUUGCGUUGGCUGCUGCAUCCUCCAGGAGACCCUGGGGCCAGACAGGCGGGCCCCUCUCUGUGAGGUGAGGGGGGCCGACAGCAGCCCACUCGGGAAGUUCACGGUGGAGCUGGGCGAGAUAUAUUCGCACGGGCUGGGCUGCAUCUGGAUGGGGCGAUUCUGGGCGUCCCUGUCCUUCCUCUGCUUGUUUGCAACCUACGCGUUUCUGAUCCACGACGCGUUCGGCUGGGGAGACCGCGAGUUCGGCGUCAUCCUGGCGAUGAGCGGCAUCGGCGAGGCGGUCAUCGAGUAUUUUGUGUACCCCUGGCUCAGCGAGACGCUGGGCAAGCACGCCGUGUUCGCCGCGGGCCUCGUCUCGGGGGGCGUCCGCGGACCACCUCCACCUUCGGGGCCCUGGCCGCGCGGUCCGUGCCGGUGCACGCCGUGGGCCUGGCGCUCUUCGUGGCCGGCAGCGGCCUCUCCGACCCGGGGAUACCGGACCUCGUGGGGACGUACGCCCCCGAGGACCGACCGAAUGGGCUUCGCCCAGGGACUCACGGGCGUGUUCCGCUCCCUGGCGUCGGUGGCAGCCCCGCUUGUCGCGGGGAGAGCGUACGACAGCUCGGGGCCCGUGGCUCGCGUACGUGAUCGCCGCGGCCGCGGCGCUGCUGAGCGCGGGUUCCGUGGGCCUCGCUGCCCUCGUGGACGGCGGGCGCCCCGCGGUGCGCGACGAGGCGGCGGCGCGGAGGCCCCUGCUGCCCAAGAGGCUGGCCGUGGCCUCGCGCGGCGCGCCGCCGGGCGUUGCGGCGGGGGGCGCGCCGCCAGUGUGAGAGCCUGCAGUGCAGAACUUUGUAUUCAGGGCGAUCGCAGAGGGGUGCGGAAAUAG